ACUUCCCAAGCUGGGAAUGAUUACACGCCCACUCGCGUUAGAGGCGGGUAGAGGCGGGGCACGAGUUCAAACCGAAGGUGCUGUCUAGCAGCAGGUUCCGCGGCAGGCGUCUGCGAUCCGGGACCGAGAUGUCGGCGAGCAAGCGAGUGGCGAAGGAGCUGGAAGCCCUGCAGCAGGAGGCACCCCCAUACUUGCGGAACCUGCGCAGAGAGAAUGCCAACGUCCUGGUGUGGCACGUACUCCUCCUGCCUGAGCAGCCUCCCUACAGCCUCAGAGCCUUCCACCUGCGCCUUGACUUCCCCAGGGAGUACCCCUUGCUGCCCCCCACGGUGACCUUCCUCACCAGGAUCUACCACCCCAACGUGGAUGAGCAGGGCCGGGUCUGCCUGCCGCUGCUCAGCAGCCAGAACUGGAAACCUCACACCAAGGCGCGCCAGGUCUUGGAGGCCCUCAGUCUCCUGGUGAACAGGCCGAACCUGGAAGAGCCCAUGCAGCUGGACCUGGCGGAGCUGCUGGCACAGAGCCCGGAUCUGUUCUGGAGGAGGGCUGAGGAGAUGACGCUACAGUUUGGGGAGGACCGGCCUUCCUGAUCAUACCCAUCCUGCACUUGAUGGGCUACAAACCUCAUGGACUGCAGGCCCCUGGCAGUCCCCUGGCAGUCCAUCUAGGCUCCUCUCUCACCACCAAUGUGGAGUCUAUGUACAGGUGGGAGGACAUGUGUGAGGUGUGUGGACUCGCCCCCCCCCCCCCAGGCAUGCAGAGCUUCCCCCACCCUGGUCUCCACUGAGCCCACAGUUUAGACUGAGGCACCAGGGUGGGCGGUGGAGGGGGAAGUCAGGGGUCUGGGUGGGAGCAGAGGCAUGGUGGUGUUGUGUUUCCAUGUGAGGGACUGAAGUCCCCGAAGCCCUCAGGUGUAGGCAGAUGUUGGCACCAAAUCACCAAUAAAUCACAAAAUAAAGACUCCAACCUCCA